AUGGCGUAUGCCAUGGAACGAGCUGGAGUCGAUGGCCUCAUACACUUCGCAAAAACUUUUACUGGCAACUUGCUGUCUGAGACGUGGUUCUCUUAUGCCGCCUUCGCUUUACGACAGAAGUCCAUAGAGAGUUGGGAUAUUGUAGUCGCCAUGGUUACUUUACAGCACCUUAAUGCUGAAGAGUGUUUGAAAAUAUUCAAAAAGAUAUUGUCGACUUUUGAAGAUGUCGAGAAUACACAAGACGUUUCAUUUUCGGAUACAACCUUCGUACUGUGGAAACAAGAAAGUGAUACGGAUGCUUCGAUCAGGCAAACUCGUAUGAGAUUUUUGCUUCAUGGAAUGGCGGACGGGAUGAUCAAAUACCUAGAAAAGCUCGCAGAAAAACCAUUGGAUUGA